AUGAGGAAGGACGUCAGGAUACUACUCGUGGGGGAGCCCAAAGUGGGCAAGACCUCACUUAUUAUGUCACUGGUCAGUGAAGAGUUCCCUGAUGAGGUUCCCCUGCGGGCUGAAGAGAUCACCAUCCCAGCAGAUGUCACCCCUGAGAGGGUACCUACUCAUAUAGUCGAUUAUUCAGAGGCUGAACAAUCUGAGGAGCAACUCUAUCAGGAGAUCUCAAAGGCAAAUGUAAUUUGCAUAGUUUAUUCGGUCAACAAUAAGAAGUCCAUUGAAAAGGUGACAAGUCACUGGAUUCCCCUCAUAAAUGACAGAACAGAUAAAGACAGCCGAGUACCACUGAUACUUGUGGGGAACAAGUCUGAUUUGGUUGAACACAGCAGCAUGGAGACUAUCCUUCCAAUCAUGAACCAGUAUCAGGAUAUCGAGACCUGUGUGGAGUGCUCAGCCAAAAACCUCAAGAACAUCUCUGAGCUGUUUUAUUAUGCCCAGAAAGCAGUUCUUCACCCAACAGGGCCCCUGUACUGCCCUGAGGAAAAAGAGUUGAAGCCUUCUUGCAUCAAAGCCUUAACUAGAAUCUUCAAAGUCUCUGACCUGGACAAUGAUGGCAUUUUAAACGACAAUGAACUAAAUUUCUUCCAGAGGACAUGUUUCAAUACACCACUGGCUCCUCAGGCUCUGGAGGAUGUGAAGAACGUGGUGCGGAGAAACAUGAAUGAUGGGGUCAAAGACAAUGGACUCACACUUAAAGGAUUCCUCUUCCUUCACACGCUCUUCAUCCAGAGGGGUCGCCAUGAGACCACAUGGACAGUGCUGCGGAGGUUUGGUUAUGAUGAUGACCUGGAGCUGACACAGGAGUAUCUUUUUCCAAUUAUUAAGAUCCCUCCAGAUUGCACAACUGAGCUCAACCACAACGCUUACCUUUUCCUUCAAAGCGUCUUUGACAAACAUGACAAAGACAGAGAUUGUGCGCUCUCUCCAGACGAGGUCAAGGAUUUAUUCAAAGUCUUCCCCUACAUGCCCUGGGGUCCUGACGUCAACAACACAGUCUGCACUAACGAUCAAGGGUGGCUCACAUACCAGGGAUACCUCUCUCAGUGGACGCUCACAACCUAUUUAGAUGUACAGCGUAGUCUGGAAUAUCUGGGCUACCUGGGCUACUCCAUCAUCUACGAACAGGAGUCUCAGGCAGCCGCCAUUACCGUAACUCGCAACAAGUGCAUUGACCUGCAAAAGAAACAGACUCAGCGCAGUGUUUUCCGCUGUAAUGUGUUGGGAGCAAGAGGCAGUGGCAAGACUGGAUUUCUUCAAGCUUUUCUGGGCAGGAAUCUUCAGCGGCAAAGACGUAUUCGGGAAGACCACAAAUCCUUGUACGCAAUCAGUACAACUUACGUGUACGGUCAGGAGAAGUACUUGCUGCUCCAUGAGGUGAUGCCAGACUUCGACUUCCUUUUGGAUUCAGAUUUGGCCUGCGAUGUUGUUUGCCUGGUUUACGAUGUCAAUAAUCCUUGCUCUUUUGAAUAUGCUGCCAAAGUCUACAAGCAAUACUUUAUCGAUAGCAAGACCCCCUGUGUGUUCAUCGCUGCCAAGUCGGAGCUGCAUGAAGUCCGACAACACUAUAGUCUGUCUCCGCAUGACUUCUGUCGCAAACAUAAGCUCCACCCGCCCCAGCUGUUCACAUGCAACUCGCCAGACGCACCCAGCAAAGACAUUUACACCAGACUCACCACUAUGGCCAUGUACCCCCACGCCCGUCUCCGCUGCUCUUGUGCGUGCAACAGAUGCACCUUUUGCCUGUGUCACAACCUCCUCAAGUUGGAGCUCCUGCGAAAAAUUAAGGCCCAACUGCGCAGGGUGGUGUUGAACAGACACGUGGCACAAGCUGACCUGAAGAACUCCACGUUCUGGCUGCGGGCGAGUGUUGGGGCCACAGUGUUUGCGGUGCUGGGCUUCGCCAUGUACAGAGCUCUGCUCAAGCAGCGAGGUUACUACUACAUUUACACAGCAGCAGAGUCAGCCCAGCUCAGAAGAGAGUGGGUCAAACACCUGUGGAAAGCCAUGCAGCUGUCAACCUCUGGAGUCACACAUAAUGAAAAUAUAUGCACUGAUAUCUGCUCAGAAGUGGAGAGAGAAGAGAGUUGUGCAGAACCCUGUGGACCCACAAAGGGACCGAACGACCAGAACACCGCCUUUCAGAUCAGCAAAGAUUUCCAGAGAACUGAACCAUUCUCGAACAAAGGGGACUAUGACCACCCACAGCCUGACAGAAAACCAGCUGGCCCAGAGAUCCAUUACGAUGUUCCAAGUGCCGUCCUGAGGAAGUUACCAAAUUACUGCACAGGUAAAUACAAUUAA